AUAAGCUCAAUCUAUUGUUUAGUAAUAAGCUUCGAAAAUGAGUUUGGUCAACAUGAGUAGUAUUUUUAUGCUGAUGACUAUGCUAUGAUUAUGAAAUGAAAUUAUGAAUUAAGGGUGCAAGUAUUUGUAAAAUUGUUAAAUGUUUUCAUUUUUUAAUAAAAGCUUUAUUUUAUAAAUACACAUGAUUGUUGAGAAAAAAAUAAUAGUGUUUUUAUUCAUUCUUCUCGUUUUAUGUAUUGGUGGUAUUGGCGUCAGAAAUUCAAGAAAAAAUAGCCUACUUCCUCUCAGCUCUUCCCAUGCAUUACGGCAUUCAGCUAAGAGACACAUGUUAGCUCAUGUGGAUAAUGUUGAUAAUACUUCAAUUUCACUUGAUUAUAUAAAACUUCAUGCUGAUUCUUUAGUACAUGGUGGAUUUGAGAAAGCCGAUAGCAAUCAUACUACAACUGCAAGUCUCACUACAGAUGGUGGUUCAGAUAGUUGUCAUAUAAUUGGUCCGUGUCAUUCACUACUAGCAAAUUGCAUCAAAUGUCCAGCAUUAAGCAAUGAUUGUGUUUAUGGGGAGAAUGUAAAUGUUACUUGUGAAGCUAAAAGUUAUGCAAGGUGCCAGGGGAACCGAUCUUUCAUAAGAACAUAUAAUUGUCGCUUCUGUUAUCAAACUCCUGCAUAUGAGCAUGUUUGCCAAAGAAAUACUUCCUGCCAUGUAGUUAGUUCUCCUCGCCAAAGAUAUGUUACAAAAUGCUCUGUGAAGCCUCAUAUUUUAUGUUUAGGUAAUCGUGAUUUCCAUAAACAUGUGCCUUGUAAUUGGACUAAAGGUUAUAGCUGGGGAACUGCAUUGCUGUUAAGCAUUGUAUUUGGUGGAUUUGGAGUAGAUCGUUUUUAUUUGGGCAUGUGGCAAGAAGGAAUUGGAAAAUUAUUUAGCUUUGGUGGUCUUGGAGUUUGGACUUUAGUAGAUGUAAUUUUGAUUGCAACUGGAUAUUUAGGACCUGCUGACCGUUCUUUGUACAUAAGAAACUAAUUGUUAUUUAACCCAUGUAAAUAAAUUGAUACUUUGUAUAUAAAUUAAUUAUUAAUUUAUUAAAGCUAAUUUUUACUACUACUGAAAAAAAUAAUGAGAUUUAUUCCUCUUUGCUGUACAUAACUUUGUAACAAUAACUUUGCAGCCAGGAAAUUUUUCCAAAAGGAUCAAGAUUGACUUGAACUGAAAAUAGUUUUUAUCUGAUUUAUAUUUAUCUUCGGUGGUAUCAAAAUUUUGCAGCACUCGACUCAUAUGUAAUUAUUUUUGGUUUGUUGUUGCUUUUUAAAAAUAUGUACAUACUAAAAAUCCAAUUACAUUUUUCGUCCAAGGAUAUAUCUAAAACCAAAUAGGUAUGAUAAAAAAAUGACAACAUGAGAUUGAGCAAAUAUUAAGACCACCACCUCAGUGGUUUUGCAUUUUCAAGGAUAGAUUUAAAGAGACUUUUGAAGUAUUAAAUAGUUUUGAAGAAUUAUUUGUAGCCAUUUUGAUGUCCAGUUCAAAAUAAAAUUUUAUAACAAAUUAACUUUCCCCAAUAAUUUGAUUUUGCACAACUUAAAAGUUUUUGCUCUGUUAGAAUGUAAGUAAAAGAUUCACAAUUUUAAGUGGAUUUAAAUUAGUAAAAUUUAUCUAAAUAGUUUGUCACAGGAAAAAAAGCAACUGAAAUUGGAUUGUACAUGUUACCUUUAAAUUAGAUCUUUGAACUUCAUUUGUUGUGCCAUCGUUAUGUUGCAUACUACUUUCAUUUUAUGAGUUAUUUAAAUUUUUGGUUUUUAGUAUAAUUAUUUCGUCAUUGUUACCAGGAGAAACAAUUUCAAUCUUUUUUUUCCCUAUAGUUUUGCUAACCUUUUGUCUAAAUUAUUUUGUAUAGAAAGAAAAUCCAAUCUAAUACAUAAAAUUAAAUUUUAAUUUAAAUUAAAUACUUUCUUUGACAACUAAAGUCACUAUAAAUUGAAUUAAUUCUAAUUUAUGUCUCUUGCAUUUUCAUAUUAUUUGUACAAGUUCAUAUUAAUUGUUUGGCUUUGGCAUCACCCUAGAAAUGGCAGCAAAAGAUGUUGCCACAAUAUAAAAAAACACAGUUACUUGCUAUCAGGAAUGACAUCAACAUCAUGUGAUGAAUGAAAGCAGCAGUAGUUGGAGCAUUUUAUGCUUUUAAGUUGUUAGCAAAAAAAUUUUUAGAUUAUCAGUUAAUGAAUCAAAAACUCAGUUCAUGGCAGGGACAACCCGAUGGUCAAAUCUAGUAUCACUGAAAAUAAAUAAUUGCGUUUGAGAAAAUUUUUCAUUCUGAAUAUUUAAGUAAAAUUUCUGAAAAUAAUAACGAUAUAACCGUUAAAAAUUUUACUUUUUUGUUAUUCUUAUUGAUGCAUCUUAGGUUUGUGUCCUUCCUUUAUACAGUGAAGCAAAGAUGCUCUUAUUCAUAAGACCAAUAGUUUAAUAUGGAAGGGGGAAGUAAGUGUUUGAUAGUAAAUAGAGAAUAAACUGAUGACCUUUGAACAAGACAUCUUGAGAAGAAUUUUAGGAGUGGUAAAGAAGAAGGGAAUAUAUAGAAUAUGUAUAGUAUCCUAAUUUAGUAAAGUAAAUCUUACUUUAGUAAAACUAAUUGAAGUCUCACAACUAAAAUGGCUAGGUCUCAUGCAUGGAGAUAAAACCCGGUAAAAAGAAUAAUAUUAUGAAAUUUAGAUAGGAUGCAAAGAAAAGAUAGGUCACUUAUGCGGUGCUUAGAUAAUGUUGAAAAAUGGCUAAAAGGAGACAGUAUUAGCAGAGGAAGCACAUGGGCACAUUUAAAAAUGCACUCUGAAGGCUUUGGAUUGCAAUCAGCCAUACUGUUUAAAGGAGUUGAAUAUAUGUUUUCAUAUUCAAGAGAAUGUCUGAGAAUGCUUCUUUUGGAUUUGAACAAAAAGUAAUUGAUUACAGAUAACUUGUAACUAAGUUUAGAUAGGCCAUCAUAUUGACUUGUAGUUGUUUAUCAUUAUUAUCUGUGAUAGCAGUUAAAUAUUAGUGGUAUUAAGGUUUCAAAAUGUAGUCAAGGUUGCUUAUAAUCUUGAUUAGAAUCGUAAUAGUUGGUUAGAAUUUAUUUAUUAUUGCGAUUGCCUGCAAUCAUAAGUUGCAAUUAGCAAUUACUUGUAAUCUAUUAUUUUUUUGCUAACUCUGGAAUUCUCUUGUUGUUUUUUCUUUGUAUAUAAUUGUACAAAACAAUUUAUUAGCCCCAUUGUUUAAGAACAUAGGUAGAUUGUUCUUAGUAGAUUACUAAAAAUUGAAGCAACAACUCAGUUAUGUGACACAUUGGAGCAUUGCAAUUUCUACGGAAUGAAUUAAAUGAAUUCUAUGGCGAAAACAUAUUGAGUCUCAAUUUUAUGUGAUGCAUCUAUCUAAAUUACAGGAAUAAAGGAAUCACUUUGCUACACUUUUGAAUGUAAAGGGAAGCUCAUCAAAAUAUCUUUUUAUUCAAUAAAGAAAUAACGGUGUAAAUAUUAAUUUAAAUAAACUGAAUAUUCUCUGUGUGUUUCUCCUAACCCAUUGUGAAGAAUAAUAAAACUAUAGCUGCAAAACAGGUGAAAA